CCUCUUCUCCCCCCCUCGUCGGUUGCCUUCCAUUCCGUUGUCCAAGGAUCUCACAUCACGCUGCCUCAUUUGGCACUGAAUCGCGGGGGAUCCCUACGGUAUUUGUAGUUCAUCUAAUCUAUGGAUGGAAGUUUUGGCGACGAAGGAGCAGCGGCGUCGGUGCCGCUGGCGAAAUGGAGAAGCGAUUUUUCUAGGGUUUUCCAGCACUACUUGGAUAGAUCUACUCCCCACACCGUCGGCCGAUGGCUCGGGACCACGGCGGUGGCGCUCAUCUACUCUCUGCGCGUCUACUUCGUCCAGGGCUUCUACAUUGUGACCUACGGGCUCGGGAUCUAUCUGCUGAAUCUCUUGAUUGGGUUCCUCUCGCCGAUGGUGGAUCCGGAACUGGAGGCGUCGGAUGGGCUUUCGCUGCCGACGCGGGGAUCUGAUGAGUUCAAACCCUUCAUUCGCCGUCUUCCUGAGUUCAAGUUCUGGUACUCCAUAACAAAAGCUUUGUGUGUGGCUUUUGUGAUGACUUUCUUAUCUGUAUUUGAUGUCCCUGUCUUUUGGCCCAUUCUUCUGUGUUAUUGGAUCGUCCUUUUUGUCCUAACCAUGAAGCGACAAAUCGUACAUAUGAUAAAGUACAAGUAUGUUCCAUUCAACACAGGGAAGCAGAGAUACGGUGGGAAAAAGGGUCCUGGAAGCAGUAGUACAUCCAAGGAUUGAUCUCCGUUUAGGACAGAAUGGAUACACCUAUUUUUCUGUCAUCUAUACUGAUGUUAAAUAUACCUCCUUUUUUUCCUCUUUAGAAUCUGGAGUACAAUAUUAUACAUGUCAGGAUGAAUUUUCUCAAGUAAUGUGACCCUUUCCUCUUCCAUUUGA